CGCCGCCGGCUUUCAAUAAUAGUGAGCGAGUUUAGUGUUGCUGGGGCGCUCAGCGGAGAUGGAGGCCAACGCAGCAAAUCUCUACGCCUUUUUGAUCGUGCUUUUCCUGUUCGCCAUGGACCUGGCGAAAAAUGACAAGAUCAACAUGGUCGAGCCGGCUGCGAGAGCCAGCACCAAGGGCCGUGCCCUGCGACAGCAGACAAUCCUCGAGGGGCCCAACAAGGAGUGCUCCAUUUCCCUGAACCAGACCGUGUGGUUCGAGAGGACCAGCGAGUGCGAAACUCUGCUCGCCAAAGGUCCGUGCGAAACUGGCGAGUGGCUGGUCAUGAGCGAGGACAGACUCAAGCCCAUUUGCAAGAAGGCAGCUUGCAAGUUCCCGUCGGUGCAUUUCAACGACACCUGCGUCCAGGUCAGAGACACGUCGUAUUGUCCGCAAGGCAUGCACGUCACCCUGACUGAAACCGGCGAAGGCGCCUGCGACUGCAAACCGGCUCAUGUCUACUGGAAGCCCAAACCGACAGAUAAGGAGAAGUGCUUCCCGCUCUUCCGCCGUGGACCCUGCAAAGAACACGAGUUCUUGGUAUUCUCAAAGACCAGCCGCAAGGUGAGGUGCACACACAACCGAUGCCCUGAUGGCCAGGUCAAGCCGCGCAGGAGCGACCAAUGCAUUCCCCUGGACACGCCCGACGGCCCCUGCAACACCAUCCAGCUGGGAAGUGUGCUCACGGUGAACGAAACCACUAUGGAACUCAACUGCGCCCCGGCUCUGGGCAACCGCCACAUCAUUGAAGCGCCCCUCCUCAAUUGCUCACCGGGCUCCAGAAGGGACGCAGCAGGAAAAUGCCGCAAGUCCAUUAUCUGAUAUGAAGGCCAAUUUUGAAAAGAAAAAAAAAAUAGACGAGGUAUUAUAGAUUUCCAUUGAACUGCAUUUUUUCACAACCCAAGGGUUUAUUUUUGUUGCGUUGUAAAACUCUGUUUCUUAAUAAAUACGUGAGAACUGA